AACAUAGAUGGGAAAAAAUCUCCACCUUUGAACUUUCUCGAUUGAAAUAAAAUCUCAAAAUUCGAUCAAAGAAAUGCAAACAUCAUCAUCUGCUACUCCUCCUGCAAGAAGAAGUCUCUGUCUGAUCCUCCUUGUCUUAACGCUCCUUUCAUCGAUCACAAUGGCCGAAUCCACCGGAGAAGCAUCGUCAGAAGCUAAGGUUCACAUAGUCUACACAGAGAAACCCACCGAUGAGGAGCCUAAAGAGUAUCAUCUCCGUACCCUUUCCUCUGCUCUCGGCAGCGAAGAAGCUGCGAAGGAUGCUUUGAUUUACAGUUACAAGGAAGCUGCUUCUGGUUUCUCUGCUAAACUCACACCUGCGCAAGUCGAAGAGAUCUCCAAACAACCAGGUGUGAUUCAAGUUGUGCCGAGCCAGACCUACCAGUUGCACAAACCUGUUGGUGCUGGUGGUUUCAAGCUGACCUAACUUAAAUGUAGCUUGUUGUCGUUGUAAAUGUCGUGGCUCUGAGAACUGGUAUCUAACUAAAAUAAUUGCCAUGAGUUUGCUUUGGAUUCGACUUGUUCUGUGUUGUUGAGAAUUGGGUUUUAUAAUAUAUAUUAUUUUAAGAUAA